AGCCGCUCAGUGUCAACAGAAAAGGAACAUUAGAUUAUGAAAGCUUUCUAGACAAUCGCUAGAACGGACGUCGGGUUUUUGCAGCAGACAAUCAGAGACAUAUAGUGGUUGAAGCAUCUGUUGUUUUCCACCGCAAGGGCGGGCACCAUGAGCUCAGACGAGGAGGACGGGCGCGUGGAAGAGGAGGAGGAGGAGGAGGAAGAAGAGGAAGAAGAAACUUUCUCAAAGAAGAAGAAGGAUCUGCAACAACGGAGGCGCCAGGGUCGUGAUGAUGAAGCAAGCGAGGAUGACGAUGAUGAAGAGGAAGAGGACGAGGACGCCCCCAAUGAGUAUGAGAAGGAUGAUUUCCUGGUCGAUGAGGUGGAGGAAGAGGAGGGGGGCGAGGAAGAGGAAGGGGAUGACGAGGAGAACCGCAAAGAGAGAAAGCGCAGAAAGAGGGAGGAGCUCGAGUUGGACGAAGACGACUAUGACCUCAUCGCUGAGGCGAACCCCGACUUCCGGCCCCCGAUCAAAAAGGGGUCGGGGCCCAGGUUGAAGCGGCUGAAGAAGGCUGGCGGUUUGGGGGUUGAUGCCGGAGGGGAGGAGGACGGGGGGGCUCGGAGAGCGCGCACGCAGGAGGAGCUACAGCAGGAGCUGUUCGGGGCAGACGAGGACGGGGAAGAGCCGGUGGAGGAGGAGCGCCGGCCGGAGGUGGAGGAAGAAGAAGAGGACUUCAGCGAGAACGAGAUGGACGGCUUCAUCGUUGACGAGGAGUUCGACGAGAACGGGAACCUGGUCCCGAAGCGGAAGCAGAAGAAGAACAAGGGCGCGGAGCGACGCGGCGUCGUGGCCAGCUCUGCGGCGCUGCAGGAGGCGCAGGACAUUUUCGGGGGGGUGGACGAGCUGCUGGAGCAGUACAAGAACAGGGAGCGGGAGGGCGAGGAUGAUGUUGAUGAGGGCUUCGACGAUCUGCACGUGGACGAGGACGAGAUGGAGGACGAGGAGGGAGCGCCCCGGGGUCGCCGCGCGAGCAAGGCCUCGAAGCAGGCGAUGCGCGCUGCACAGCGCGCGUUCGAGCCGAGCUUGCUGGAGGAGCGGUUCAUGACCGACCGGGACGAGCGGAUACGAACCACCGACAUUCCUGAGAGGUUCCAGGUCUUGGAGGAACAGUAUGGGCCGAUGCCUGAGACCGAGGACGCGCGGAGGGAGGCGGAAUGGAUCUACCAACAGCUGUUCAAUAUCAAGUACACGAUCCUACGCCCGGAAUAUAUGAACCUGUACGACCCGGAUCUGAGGCCGAAUGUCGAGGAAGAGCUUCGAAAUGUGCUCGUGUUGAUGCAUGAGGACAAACUAGAGAUCCCGUACAUCGGCAUGUACCGCAAGGAGAAGUGUCGCAACCUGCUCGACCGCCUGGCGCCCCCCCCGCAAGGCCGUCCAAAAGACGAAGAAGACGACGAGAGCCAGUCGCGCCUGCAAAAGUUCGAGCUGCUCUGGUCGGUCGCGGAGCUGGACCGGAAGUGGAUGGCGCUGCGCCAGCGGAAGCGGCGGCUGGAGAAGGCGUACAAGGACCACAUCACGCCGUCAAUGGAGCGCGGCGGCGAGGACGCCCGGCAGUGGAGCCGGGUGCUGCAGGAGAUUCAGACCUUGCUGAAGGAGGCAACGUCGGACGCGGCCCUCGAUGACGUGGAGGCGCGUGCGCGGCUGCUGCUGCCGGAGGAAGACCCCAGCCUCGCGACAGUGCGGCACAAGCGGCCGCAGCGCGCGUCACUCUACGCCUACUGCAAGAGCCAGGGCCUUGCAGACGUUGCCGCCAAGUUUGGGAGCGUGCGGCAACUGGGGGCGAACUUGCAGAAAGGCUUUGUGGAAACUGAGGUGGAGGAUCACCCCGAACCCCCCGAAGCGGUCGCCGGUUCGUUUGCGGGCCUCGCGUUCAAGAAGCCCGCGGACGUCUUGGACGGCGCCCGGCACAUGGCCGCCGUCGAGAUCGCCGCGGACCCCGCGGUCCGGGCCGCUUUCCGCGAGAAGUUCAUGCCCCCCGUGAGCAGCGAAGCGGCGGCGCGCCCUGGGGGGGCAGUCGUGAGCACGAAACCGACCCCCCGGGGCAUGGACGUGAUCGACGAUUACCACCAGUACGGGGCGGUCAAGUGGUUGUAUAGUAAGCCCGUGAGGGAGUUUCAGGACGGGCAGUGGUUGCUGGUGAUGAAUGCGAAGGAGGAGGGGCUCAUCGAGGUGACGGUGGGGCUGCCGGAGGAGGAGACAAACCAACUGAGAACACUGCUCAGCGAACUGUACCUGAGCCAGAACGUGAGCAAGAACGCCCAGCUAUGGAACGAGCAGCGGCGGCAAAUCCUUGCCAAAGCGUUCGACGAGUUUCUAGUUCCCGCCAUGGAAGCGGAAGUGCGCGCGACGCUCACGCAGCGUGCGCGGCGUCACGUGGUCGGGAAGUGCGAGAAGUCCCUCUGGAAGCUCGCGGCGCGGGCGCCGUUUGCGCGGAAGAAGGUCGACCUGGAGGACGUCAAUGAGGACGAGCACGCGUGCCGUGUGCUGGCCGUGUGCUGGGGCCCCGGCCGACCGGCCACGACGAUCGUUAUGCUCGACGAACGGGGCGAGCUUAUCGACACUCUCUACACGGGAUCGCUUGGGUCGAAAGGCAUAGGCGGGCCUCGUGCCACGGAAAGGUGGGAGGAGGACAAGCGCAAGCUGGAGGAGUUCAUCAAGGAGCACAAGCCGCACGUGGGGGUCGUGGGAGGGGCGAACCUGCGGUGCAAGAACUUGUUCGAUGACGUGAACCAGGUGAUCUACAACAUAGUAGAGGUCGAAAUCGACCAGCUGGCGGCGGGCCUCGACACCCUGCACGUCUUCUACGCGGACGAGUCCAUCCCGCUGCUCUACGAAAAGUCCAAGGUGUCCGAAACGCAGCUCUCCGGACAGCCCGAGAUGGUCCGGCGUGCGGUCGCGCUCGGACGGGCGAUCCAAAACCCGCUCGCCGCGUUGGCCGCGCUGUGCGGGCCCGGACGGGAAGUUGCGCUGUUGCGGAUGCACGCGAUGCAAGGGUUGGUGUCACAGGAGGAGCUGUGGGGGGCGGUCGAGCGCGUGAUGACAACGAUUACCACGCAGGUGGGCAUUGAUGUGAAUACGGCCAUUCACCACGAGUGGCUCUUUGCCCCGCUCCAGUUUGUCCCUGGUCUCGGCCCCCGCAAAGCACAAGCGCUGCAGCAAGCGCUGGCGGGGCGCGGCCGGCUCACGGUGCGCAAGGACCUGCUCAACUUCAAGUGGGUCGCCAAGCAGGUCUUCAUCAAUUCUGCCGGUUCGCUGCGUACGAGGGCAACUGCUGCGGCGGCGCAUGCCGAGGACAUGGACCCGUUGGACGAGACGCGGAUCCAUCCUCUCCAGUACAAUGUCGCUACCGCGCUCUGCAAGGCGGCCUGGCUUGCGGAACAGGACCUGACUGCAGAGGAAGCGAAUGAGGACGACCUAGAGAUGGCAGUCCAAGAGAUCGCAGAGCGGCCGGACCUGAUCAAGAAGGUUGACCUUGAGCGGUUUGCACGGGAACACGAGGCGGAGCAUGGGGACCUCGGCCCCACUCUCCAGCUCAUCAAGGCGGAGCUCCUGGAGCCAUACGCGGAGUGGCGGGUGCCUUACCGGCAGCCCAACGUGGACGAGCUCUUCUCGCUGCUGACCGGCGAAUCGGACGAGACCCUGCAAAAGGGCCAAAUCGUACAGGCAACGGUACGGCGGGUGAUGAAGGAACGCAUCUUCUGCGCGCUCGAGUCGGGUCUCACGGCGUUCGUCAAGUUCGACGAGCUGUCAGACGAUGGCAGCAUGGCCGCAGCGGAGAUCGUAGACAAGUUGGCCGAGGGUCAAGUGCUGACUGCGUGCGUCAUAGAAAUUGACAAGAAGGAGUUCAAGGUGGAGCUCUCGUGCAAGGGGUCGUACCUGCGGCGCGAGAAGCACUACCAGAAGCCCAAGUUCACGUGGUCGUAUGAGGACCCCACAGUGAUCGAGGAGUACGACCGGGCCAAGAAGAAGAAGGAGGCGCGGCGGCAGUACCGGCCGCGCAUGAUUCAGCACCCGCUGUUCAAGAACUGCAACCUCCUGGAAGCCACCGCGAUGCUGGACACGCAGGAGAUUGGUGACGUGAUCAUCCGGCCGAGCAGCAAAGGCCCGACGCACCUGAGCAUGACGAUCAAGUUCUACACGGACGUGUACGCGCAGAUCGACAUCGAGGAGGGGGGCAAGGACAAGGCGGACCCCACCAGCUUCCUCAAGCUCGGCUCCACGCUCAAGAUCGGGGACGAGAUUUUCGAAGAUCUCGACGAGGUUAUGGCGCGGUAUAUCGACCCCUUCGUCGACUUCCUCCGCAAGAUGCUCGAGUACCGCAAGUUCAAGGCCGGGACCAAAAACGAAGUCGACGAGCUGCUGAAGCGCGAGAAAGCGCAAAACCCGCAGCGCGUCGCAUACGCGAUCUCUGUCAGCCAACAACACGCGGGCGCGUUCAUGCUGUCAUACAUUCGGAACCAAAACCCGCACCACGAGUACAUCUCGAUUUCGUCCAAGGGGUAUCGCUUCCGGCAUCAGCACUUCACGAGCCCCGACCGCUUAGUCCAGUACUUCCAGAAGCACAUCAACGACCCGGUGGUUCAACAGGAAGCAGCCCCCCCUCGGAGAGCUCCGGCGUCUGUUGUGCCCCUCCCGUUACAGCGACCCCCCCAGGGACACGCUCAGAAAGCGGGAGGGUGGGAUCAAGGCGCACCGCGGCCCCCGCAGCCAGAUUAUCACAACGGUCAUCAAGACUGGCAGCCAAGUGAUUCCAGCCAACCCUACAACACCACAUGGGGCUCCGGUUGGUCACAGGGGCAACCCCCGCCGCCGCCCCCCGGGCCACCGCCGCCCCCUGGAGCGCCGCCCCCGCCACCUCCGGGGGCGCCUCAGUCACAGUCCGCAGAGUGGGCUGGGCACGGAGAUUGGGCCCCCGGGAGUGGGUAUGGAGGCCAGCAAGGAUACGCGCAGUAUUCAGGGGGCCACUAGUGUCGACUAUAUUGGGGAACAUAUUAGAGUUUGGUGCUACUGAUCUGUGCCAAACUAGGCAGAAUUUUGGCAGAGGACGGGACUCUUGGAUGGUAUUCGAAAAUCGGCCCAACUGUUGUAUACCAUCGCAUCGGUUCUUUAUGAGGGUGCUCGAAAGGUACAUUUGACAUCAUGUACCUCGAUGCAGUACGUGGUCCGACGGAAUGCAG